CUCGACUGAUACAUUAGGUAACUCUAAAUAGGAAACUCCCCGCGUUCCGCUGUUUCUAGGGUGAACUGAACUCUUUCCCCUUCCUUUGCACCUGAGCAGCGAUAAAGAGCGAUAAAGCAAGGCACAGGACGCAGGUCGCACUUUAGUCUACAGUCUGCGUAUUCACGUUGAGAAGUGUUUUCAGAUAGCACAGCCUACAGAACAGAAAGAUACCGCUUCGGUCUAGCAAAGAGAUAGUGCAUGAUGAGUGGGCAGGACUCUGAAGUGAAUCAGGACGACACCUCCGCGGGGACGAUUAAUCCCUCAGACUACGUGACAGAGGAACUGGACGACGUGACUAUCCUCAGAUUGACCCAGGAAAUCAAAGAUCAUGAGGCAUCAAAGACACCGCUUGUGGGAGAGUUGAAGCCGAUCAGUGUUUUGCUUGACGAGUACGCUGAUUCUACGUUUCGUGCAAAGAUAAAGGCGCUCGGCGGAGGCAGCACAGGGUAUCGACCUAUUCGCGGAGACGGAAACUGUGCAUGGAGAGCAUUCGCGUUUCGGUUUUUCGAGUUUGCGCAGAGUUAUGCACCAGAUCAAAUCGCCGAGCUAAAGUCGAGGAUCAUGUCGCUCACGAAGCUGCUCAACGAGGCCGGAUAUAACGAGAAUGGCUACAUUGACUUUGUCGAAGAGACCGAGAGCCUAUUUGACAGGCUACCAGGUUUGACGACGGAGACGCUUGUGAGCGAGUUUAACAACAUGGAAGUGUCGUCGGCGGUGAUUGUGCACUUUCGACUGCUGGCGGCGGCGUACGUGAAGACACACGCGGAGGACUACAUGCCGUUCAUAGACGACGGGGAAGGGACGACGAUAGAGGAGUACUGUAACCGCCAGAUUGAGGCGUUUGCGGUGGAAGCCGAUCACCUCGCGCUGAGCGCAUUGGUGAACGCGGUCGGCGUGGCGGAUCUGGGGGUGGUGUACAUGGACCGCAGCGAGGGGGAGGACGCGGUGGUGCACACGUUUGAGCCGAUGAGUGCGUCGGCGAAGGAGCGGAUGAAGAUCGACCUGCUGUACCGGCCGGGGCACUACGACAUAUUCUACAGGUAGAGACAGGCUGUCACCAUUGUAAAUAGCGGAAAUUGAUGGAUUGAGUCUGAAAGGAGCAGGUGAUAAACAGAGCAGAGAUUUAAUAGU